AGAAGAUUGGAUGAGUCAUCCAGUUCAGCGGAAGAAUGGUUCAGUAGCGGCGAAAGCGCGGAAGAUGCGGAUUUCCUGGAGCAAGAAGUGGCGAACAAGCGGAAGAAGAGCACGGCCAAACCGGCGAAGGACUUUCCGGACAGGGAGGGGCAGGAAAUCAAUGAUGAUGAUGAAGAUGAGGAGGAGGAAGAGGAGGAUGGAGUACUCAACACGUUAUGGACGUAUGACUUAGCCGAAAUGCGCGUAAAGAAAGAAUUUGAAUUUCCAGAUUUUGUCAGAGAGAUUAAUGCUUCUGUGUUUUUUUCAGAUUUCACAGUGGAAUAUGUACGGGAACAUGGGCUCGAGGAACCGCUUCUUUUCAAGGAUUCUGUGAGUGCACUUGGAAUGAAGAUGCCUAGCGAUGGGACACUGACGGCGCAGUGCGUGCUAAAGGCAGUCGGUGACUGUGAGGUGGAGGUAGUUGGCGUAAUGACUCAAAGCAGCCGCAGAAUGAUGCUUCGAGAUUUCGUCCGAUAUUACGAGUAA